AUGGGUAAGGAAGACAAGACUCACAUCAACGUGGUCGUUAUCGUAAGUCACCUGCCUCUAUUUCGAACCUUCCACGUCGACUCCGGCAAGUCUACCACCACUGGUCACUUGAUCUACCAGUGCGGUGGUAUCGACAAGCGUACCAUUGAGAAGUUCGAGAAGGAAGCCGCCGAACUCGGUAAGGGUUCCUUCAAGUACGCAUGGGUUCUUGACAAGCUCAAGGCCGAGCGUGAGCGUGGUAUCACCAUCGACAUUGCCCUCUGGAAGUUCGAGACUCCCAAGUAUUAUGUCACCGUCAUUGACGCUCCCGGUCACCGUGAUUUCAUCAAGAACAUGAUCACUGGUACUUCCCAGGCUGACUGCGCUAUUCUUAUUAUCGCUGCCGGUACUGGUGAGUUCGAGGCUGGUAUCUCCAAGGAUGGCCAGACCCGUGAGCACGCUCUGCUCGCCUACACCCUGGGUGUCAAGCAGCUCAUCGUCGCCAUCAACAAGAUGGACACCACCAAGUGGUCUGAGGCCCGUUACCAGGAAAUCAUCAAGGAGACUUCCAACUUCAUCAAGAAGGUCGGCUACAACCCCAAGACCGUCGCCUUCGUCCCCAUCUCCGGUUUCCACGGUGACAACAUGCUUCAGGCCUCCACCAACUGCCCCUGGUACAAGGGCUGGGAGAAGGAGACCAAGGCUGGCAAGUCCACUGGCAAGACCCUCCUUGAGGCCAUUGACGCCAUUGAGCCCCCCAAGCGUCCCACCGACAAGCCCCUCCGUCUUCCCCUUCAGGAUGUGUACAAGAUUGGCGGUAUUGGAACUGUCCCUGUCGGCCGUAUCGAGACUGGUGUCCUCAAGCCCGGUAUGGUCGUUACCUUUGCCCCCUCCAACGUCACCACUGAAGUCAAGUCCGUGGAAAUGCACCACGAGCAGCUUGCUGAGGGUGUCCCCGGUGACAACGUUGGUUUCAACGUGAAGAACGUUUCCGUCAAGGAAAUCCGCCGUGGUAACGUUGCUGGUGACUCCAAGAACGACCCCCCCUCUGGUGCCGCCUCUUUCGAUGCCCAGGUCAUCGUUCUUAACCACCCCGGCCAGGUCGGUGCUGGUUACGCUCCCGUCCUCGAUUGCCACACCGCCCACAUUGCCUGCAAGUUCUCUGAGAUCAAGGAGAAGAUUGACCGACGUACCGGUAAGGCUGUUGAGUCUGCCCCCAAGUUCAUCAAGUCUGGUGACUCUGCCAUCGUCAAGAUGGUUCCCUCCAAGCCCAUGUGCGUUGAGGCUUUCACCGACUACCCUCCUCUGGGUCGUUUCGCCGUCCGUGACAUGCGUCAGACCGUCGCUGUCGGUGUCAUCAAGUCCGUUGAGAAGGCUGCUGCUGGUGCCGGUAAGGUCACCAAGUCUGCUGCCAAGGCUGGCAAGAAAUAA